ACUGAAACAAAAUAACGAUCUAACCGGAGGACAGAUACCGAUUAAACAACAAGAUUUGCCGGACGAGACAACCGAGGAAAAAUGCAAAGUCGCCAAAAAUAUUAGCCUUGUUUUAAUCACGAAAUGCGC